CAACCCACUCCUGCGUUCUUCGCCUAUCCAUUGGUACCAUUAACGAAAGAGUCCCUCUGCAAUUCUACAGACUGCAGGGCAGGUAGAGGCAAUGGCUAUGGGUUAUUUGGAACUAACUUUCUUCCUCUCAUGCCUUCUCAUACAGCUUGUUCCAUUCACUGUAGCCCAGUUUUUCCCUAAAGAAGAAUGCAUUUCAGACAGAGGUAACUACACCAAUGACAGUACCUAUCAGGCAGACCUCAAUAGCCUCCUGACCUCCUUCUCAAAUACCCAAGUUGAGUAUGGGUUUUACAAUGCCUCCGUUGGUGAGGUGAACGGAAUCGGACUCUGUAGAGGGGAUCGCACGGUGGAUACAUGUCAUAGUUGUAUCAAUAACUCCAGCCAGGACAUUCGACGAUUAUGUCCCAACUACAAGGAGGCAGUUUUGUAUUACGAUUUUUGCACGUUACGAUACUCUGACCGCCCCAUAUUUGGCACAGAGGAGACUUCGCCUUAUUACCCUCUGGGAAACACCCAAAAUUUCUCGGACAUCGAACGCUUCACACAGCAGCGGGACGAGUUGAUUCAUGACCUCCGAGGAAAAGCCGCGUCGGGUGGUGCUCUUCGAAAGUAUGCAACAGGGGAUUCAACGGUUAAUCUAGAAACCAUAUAUGCACUUGUCCAGUGCACUCCUGAUUUAGACGAGCAGGAAUGCGAUGACUGUAUAGCCGGCCUUAGUAGUCAAGUUGCCGAUUUUUUAAAGUAUGGACGAGGAGGGAACGCUAAGGCACCAAGCUGUAACUUUAGGUUCGAGACCUAUCGGUUCUAUGACCCUCUCCCUGAUGCACCGCCACCAUCUCCUACUAAUUCUUCUCGUCCUCUGCCAAAUGAUGCCACUGCUGGAGACGGAAAAAGUAACAGAACGCGAACUGUAGUUAUCAUUGUUAUAGCAACUGUUGUUUCUGUGAUACUCAUCUCCUGCAUCUGCAUCUGCAUCUUUUUGAGAAUGAGAAAGCCAAAAGACAAAGAUGAAACUGAGGAUGAAAUUUUGGAAGUGGAAUCCUUGCAAUUCAACCUUGGUUCUAUUAGAAAUGCAACAGAUAACUUUUCUGAUUCUAAUAAGCUUGGACAAGGAGGAUUUGGAGCUGUUUAUAAGGGUACACUUUCCAAUGGACAAGAUAUAGCUGUGAAAAGGUUGUCCAAGGGUUCUGGACAAGGAGAACUAGAAUUCAAAAACGAGGUCUUGUUAGUAGCCAAGCUUCAACAUAGAAAUUUGGCUAGACUCCUAGGUUUCUGUUUAGAGGGAAUAGAAAGACUUCUCAUCUAUGAGUUCGUGCCUAAUGCAAGUCUUGAUCACUUUCUAUUUGAUCCUAUCAAGUGUUCACAAUUAUAUUGGGAAACGCGUUACAAAAUUAUAGUAGGCAUUGCUCGAGGACUUCUAUAUCUCCAUGAAGAUUCUCGACUUCAAAUUAUUCAUGAUGAUCUCAAAGCUAGUAACAUUUUGCUAGAUGAAGAAAUGAAUCCUAAAAUUUCAGAUUUUGGUAUGGCAAGGUUGUUUUCACUAGAUCAAACUCAAGGUGAUACGAAAAGGAUUGUUGGAACCUAUGGAUAUAUGGCUCCUGAGUAUGCAAUGCGUGGGAACUUCUCAGUUAAGUCCGAUGUCUAUAGUUUUGGUGUGUUGAUUUUGGAAAUUGUUAGUAGUCAAAAGAAUGCUAGUUUUGGCAAUGAGGAGAAUAUGGAAGGCCUUAUAAGCUUUGCAUGGAGAAGUUGGAGGGAGGGGUCAGCUUCAAAUUUGAUAGAUCCUUCAAUGAACUCCGGUUCAAGAAGUGGAAUUAUGAGAUGCAUACAUAUUGGGUUGUUAUGCGUUCAAGAAAAUGUAGCUGAUAGACCAACCAUGGCUUCAAUUGUUCUCAUGCUUAGUAGUUACUCUCUCACUCUCCCAUUACCUUCACAACCUGGUUUCUUCAUGCAUAGUAGCACGAAUCCAGAUGCACCCUUGCUACAGGGAUCCGAUUCUGGGGUAAUCAAUUCUUCUAAUAAUGUUUCAGCACCCGUGUCUGUAAAUGAGGCUUCGAUUACUGAUCUCCACCCUCGAAUGGUUGGAAAGGUGACGAUAAUGGAUCCUCCAAGAUUGCUUCUCUUCCUUUAUCCCUUCCUCAUACUUCACCUUCUUGGUGUAACAGUCCUUGCUCAGACAGACUUCCUUUACCACGACUGCUCAGACAGUGUUGGUAAUUACACCGAUAACAGCACCUACGAGGCAAACCUCAACACCCUCCUCUCCUCUCUCUCUUCAAACAACGAAAUAGAUUAUGGCUUUUACAAUUUCUCCUACGGCCAAAACUCCGACAAAGUUAACGCAAUCGCACUUUGCAGAGGAGACGUAGUAACAGACGCGUGCCGGAGUUGUGUCAAUGACUCUAGGAUUCAACUCACUCAGCUCUGUCCCAACCAGAAGGAGGCAAUAGGAUGGUACGAUAAAUGUAUGUUGCGAUACUCCAAUAACUCCAUAUUCGGAACAGCCCAAACUUCGCUCUCCUUUUACAUGUGGAACCCUGAAAACGCCUCCAAUGUGGAAGAUUUCAAUCAGGUUCUGGGAAACCUGAUGGCCAGCCUCCGAAGCAAAGCUGCGUCCGGAGAUUCGCGUCACAAGUUCGCAACUGGAGAAGCAAAUGUUACGAGUUUCGUAACCAUAUAUGGGCUUAUGCAGUGCACUCCUGAUUUGUCCGAGGCGUCUUGCCGUGAUUGCUUAGAGGGGGCUACCAAUGAAAUUCCAAAUUGUUGUGAUAGCAAAAAAGGAGGGAGAGUUAUUAAACCCAGCUGUAAUUUGAGAUUUGAAACAUACCGUUUCUACGAGUUUACUGCAGCUAACGCGCCCCCACCAGCAGCAACACCCCCACCUUCUCCUCCCUCAGCUGAUCUUGCUCCACCGCCUUUGGCUAAUACCACCUCUACACAAGGAAAGAAAAGCAACACCUCCCGGACAGUGGUCCUAAUUGUUGUUCCCUCAGCUGUUAUUUCUGUAAUGCUCAUCACCUUCAUCUGCUGCUUUUUAAAAAGGAGGCAAUCAAGGGAAAGCGUUAGCACUGAGGAUGAAAUUUUGAGCGUGGAAUCCUUGCAAUUCAACCUUGGUCCUAUUAGGAAUGCAACAAAUAACUUUUCUGAUUCUAAUAAGCUUGGACAAGGAGGAUUUGGAGCUGUUUACAAGGGUACACUUUCCAAUGGACAAGAUAUAGCUGUGAAAAGGUUGUCCAAGGGUUCUGGACAAGGAGAAUUAGAAUUCAAGAAUGAGGUUUUAUUAGUGGCCAAACUUCAACAUAGGAAUUUGGUUAGACUCCUAGGUUUCUGCUUAGAAGGAAUAGAAAGACUUCUCAUCUAUGAGUUUGUGCCUAAUGCAAGUCUCGAUCAUUUUCUAUUCGAUCCUAUUAAGCGUUCACAAUUACAUUGGGAAAUUCGUUACAAAAUUAUAGUUGGCAUUGCUCGAGGGCUUUUGUAUCUCCAUGAAGAUUCCCGACUUCGAAUUAUUCAUCGUGAUCUUAAAGCCAGUAACGUUUUGCUAGAUGAAGAAAUGAAUCCUAAAAUUGCAGAUUUUGGUAUGGCAAGGUUAUUUUCAUUGGAUCAAACUCAAGGUGAUACAAGUAGGAUUGUGGGAACCUAUGGAUAUAUGGCUCCAGAAUAUGCAAUGCAUGGAAAUUUCUCAGUUAAGUCAGACGUCUUUAGUUUUGGUGUGUUGGUUUUGGAAAUUAUUAGUGGUCAAAAGAACUCUUGUUUCCGCAAUGGGGAGAAUGUGGAAGACCUUAUAAGCUUUGCAUGGAGAAGUUGGAGGGAUGGGUCAGCUUCGAAUUUGAUAGAUCCUUCGGUGAGCUCUGGCUCAAGAAAUGAAAUUAUGAGAUGCAUGCAUAUUGGGUUGUUAUGUGUUCAAGAAAAUGUCGCUGACAGACCCACAAUGGCCUCAGUUGUUCUCAUGCUUAGUAGCUACUCUAUCACUCUCCCAUUACCUUCACAACCUGCAUUUUUUAUGCACAGUAGCAUGGACACAGAGGCACCCUUGCUGCAGGACUCUGAUUCUGGGGCAACUAGGUCUUCUGAUAAUGCUUUGUCCGUCAAUGAUGCUUCAAUUACUGAACUCCACCCUCGUUAGUGUUGUGGGGAUGCAGGUUAUAUAUGUUGAAAUGUGACUCUUCUUUGUUUUCUUUGUUCCAGAUCAAUUUCUAUGACCCCAUUUAUUUUGCAUAUCAAAUCGAUCUUGAUUUUUGCUUUCUUGAAUACUCAUGUGUGAUAUCCCAAACGUCAUCAUUGUUCAAGGAUUAAGAUAAGAAGUUUUGCUUGGGAAUGCUCCAAAGUUUUUAUU